UCCACCCGCCUGCUCGCCGGGCUGGCGAGGUCGGGGGGGCAGCUGGGCCCGUCAGCUGGCCUGGCGGCGGGCUGCGGCUGGCGGUCGGUCUCGCUGGCGGCUCGCCGCUGGUCGACGCCCGCAGCCUGCCUGGCCGCCGUCGCGGGGGCGCAGUGCGGGAGCUCCUUGUUCUCGUGCGACGACUCGGAGAUCCCCGUGGACUUUGAGGACGAGGUGCCUGGCGAGCUCGGGCCGCUGCUGGCGGGGGCUUCCCUGCUUGGCGAGCUCCCGGAGCCGCCGGCCCCCCAGAGGGGCGGCGGUGCCGAUCGAUCUUGCCCUCGCCUCGCAUCCUUGAGCAUUUUCUGGAUCGGGGGCCGGGGCCCAGGGUCGGGACGAUCGAACCUGGUUCUCUGGAGAGCCAAAGGUGUCGGGGGCUGGGCCUCCGAGACAGUCGAGGACCUCGGGGGCGCCUUCGCAAACCAGGAGGGAGCGGGGUGUCUCUUUAAGGGCGGAGGCUGGUUGUUCCACCUCGCGGAUAACGGGGUCGCGUGUUGCUUCGGCGCGGCCUGGCCGUUCGUCGCCGGGCUGGGGCCCGCGCUAAUCUUCGCGGGCGUCCUGGCAAUGCCAGCGCGCGGCCUGCGCGCGCUCUUCGCCCCGUGCAACUGGUGCGUCUGGGUGAUCGGCAGCGUCGCCGGCGUCUCCGGGAGCCCUCGGCGCUCCCCGGGCGAAGCAGGAGUGGGUGAGCCUCCGCCGCCGGCAGUGCCGCGUCGCACUCCUUGGUUCCGGGCGGGGCCCAGCGCGGGCGCCGCGACCGCCGCCGAGUGCUUCGCCGAGAAGAUCAGGGGGCGUGGCGCGUGCUGUCGAGGAAACUUGGCCGCCGGGGCGCCACCUGCUGCCGCGGCGGCAUCGUCUGCGCCGCCAGCUGCUCCCACUGCGACUCUCGGGGGAACUCCUCUGGGUGUGUGUGACAGAUGCGCUGACUCCGACGCGAUCUUCUUCAUCGGUGAGGCAAGUUACCUUCGGGGUGACUUGGCGGACUUUCCCGAAUCUGAGCAUGCCCGCGAACUCUUCUACCCUGACAAGUGCCGCGACGUGCGCUGGAGACGCUUCGCGCGCAAGCCUGUGCGGCGAUGCCGCAGGUUUAUGGAGGAAAAGGCGUUCCCGCUUACGUCGUGGCCCCCGGCGACAAUCUUUGCGAGAAGCUAUUCCCCCGUGGCCGCAGCGAAGGCCGCUGCAGAGUUUCUCGCCGUCGGUGGUGCUGAGCAGGCGAAGGGGAAUGACGUUGCCGGGGCCCAGUCGACAAGGAUGGCAAUGUCAAGGCGCGCCACAACUGUGGGUCCAUUCAACAUCCUGUCCAAGAUUGCACGAAACCCGCGGAACCGGGAGUUUCUUCGGGGCAAGCUGUGCCCACUG